AUGUUAUUGACAAGAAGUUUAAGAUUUGCUCCUAGAAGUUUAGUUUCCACUAGAUUACUUUCAUUUACUCAAGCUGAUCAACCAAGAGUUAGAAUUGGUUCAACUGCUCCAAAUUUUCAGGUUGAUACAACUCAUGGUAAAAUUGAUUUUCAUGAAUUUAUUGGUAAUAAUUGGACAAUUUUAUUUAGUCAUCCAAAAGAUUUUACACCAAUUUGUACUACUGAAUUAGGUGCUUUUUCAAGAUUAAAACCGGAAUUUGAUAAAAGAGGUGUUAAAUUAAUUGGUUUAUCAGUUGAAGAUGUUGAUAGCCAUAAAGCAUGGAUUAAAGAUAUUGAAGAUAUUGAAAAACAAAAAUUUCAAUUUCCAAUAAUUGCUGAUGGUAAAAGAGAAGUUGCAUUUAAGUAUGAUAUGGUUACUGAAGAAGAUUUUAAAAAUUUAGAAUCUGGUUUAAUUGCAACUAUUAGAUCAGUUUUUAUAAUUGAUCCAUUGAAAAAAGUUAGAGCAAUGGUUAUUUAUCCACCUUCAAUAGGUAGAAAUACUUCAGAAAUAUUAAGAACAAUUGAUGCAUUACAAUUGGCUGAUAAAAAGGGUGUGGUUACUCCAGUCGACUGGCAACUUGGUGAUGAUGUUAUUAUUCCUCCAACUGUUUCAGAUGAAGCUGCAAAGGAAAAAUUUGGUGAAUUUAAAAAAGUUAAACCUUAUUUAAGAUAUACUUCAAGUAAGUAG